AUGUCGGAACCGGAAUCUGCUACCGCCGCUAUGGGAAUCGGCAGCGUGCUAAACACCAAGGGCGCCCAGGCUAGUGCCGCCCAACUCGCACAAGCGGCUCAGGCUGCUCAGGUUGCGCAACCGACACAGCAGCUUGAACAAUCUGCUCCUGUUCCCCAACUGGCUACACCUGAACAGCAACCCUCGCAACCGCUCACACAACAGCAACUCAUGGAGCGUGCCAGCUCGCCGCACGCUUCCGUGAAGUUCGAACCCAGCAUGUCCUACCCUUCGCCGACCGGUAUGGGAACCGCAAUGCCCGUUCCCACUGUUCCUAGCGCACAGAUGGCCCCUGGUGGACAAAUGGCUCCUAAUGCGCAGAUGGCCCCGAACCCACAGAUGGCUCCCAACACUCAGAUGGCUCCCAACCUCCAGAUGGCGCCCAAUCCACAAAUGGCUCCUAAUGCUCAGAUGGCUCCCAACGGACAGAUGGCUCCUAAUGCCCAGAUGGCUCCCAAUGCUCAAAUGGCACCUGCACCGAUGGGCAUUCCUGCUAUGCCUACCGUACCAGGUGUCCCGUCAAACAACGGAAUGGUACCUACUCUCCACCCUUCUUACAAGCCUCCGGUGGAGGGAGGUGCGCCACCGGGGCCGCCUCCGAAGGCCUACGCGUGUUCCACCUGCGCCAAGGCUUUUGCACGGAGAAGUGAUCUCGCUCGUCACGAGCGAAUUCAUAGCGGGAUUCGCCCUCACGUCUGUGAUUAUCCCGGCUGCGGGAAACAGUUUAUCCAGCGAUCAGCGCUCACAGUCCAUCAGCGCGUGCACACGGGAGAGAAGCCCCAUCAAUGCGAGAGAUGCGGCAAGCCCUUCAGCGACAGCAGUUCUCUUGCGCGUCAUCGCAGGAUCCAUUCUGGAAAGCGUCCCUACAAGUGCCCAUACAUGGACUGCCAGAAAACGUUCACUCGUCGCACGACACUGACGAGGCACCAGAAUCAUCAUACUGGCACAGUUGAGGAAUCUGCCAAGGCUACAGCGGAGGCUCUUGCUAGGGGAACGUUGGCACGGACUAAGGAACGAUCGGAGAGCGAGCAAAUCUCCAAUCAGGCGACGCCAAUGACCACUCCCUCACCGGCACAGCGGCCCUUGUCGUUGUCCCCAAGCGCGGGAUUGGCCAACAUGGAGAUGCAGUAUCUGCAAAACAACACUCUUCCAGCCCACCUUCGUGGAGACGUUCAUGUCCCCAACGCACCAACGACUUCGCCGGGCUACAGCAACGGACUGACCCGGCCCACGUCGCACCCCACCGGGUAUGUUCCGCCCGCAACAAUGGAGCCUACUGUUGAAACUCAGCAAGGGCCCGGUAGUGUGGCCGGCAGUCCCCAGAUUGGAAGUGCAGGUUGGGCGUCUCCUGGUGGUGUCGGAUCUCCAGUUCAAAGCCCCAGCGGUAACGGCUAUGUUUAUCCGGAUCCAGAACCCUUUCCCGGCGCCAGUGCCGGUCAGAUGUUCUACGACAGUGCGGUUGGGACUGGGAGACGUCUCGGGAGCGGGGAACCGCAGAACCCCUCCUAUCAUACUUAG